UAAAACAUUUCGAUAUAAUCGUUUUUGAAUAAUUUCCAGUGAAGCAGAUAUUAUCUACAAUGAAGAGUUACAUCCUGCUUCGUAUAAAAUUACAGUAAUGCGCUCAGUAACUCGUGAUAUAAUAUAUCAAUGGUUUGGUAAUCUCUUCACUCCAUUUUGUCUCUCAUCUCAUCGGUUAUUAAAUGAAGGAUUUAUUACAUUCCUUGAAACACAUAUCAUCAAAAAGGUCUAUCCAGAUUUUGAAAACAUCACAAAUUUGUUGGUAGUUGAAACUCAACAUGAAGCUCUUCAUCUAAACUCUUAUUCCGCUAUGAACUCUUUUGCAACAAACACAAGCAGUAUAUCUGAAAUUUGUUCACAUUUUCCAUUUUCUCGUAUCAUAGGACCCGCUAUAUGGCGCAUGUUGAAUGGUACACUUCCCCGUAAUUCAAUGUUGAUGGGUUUAAACACAUACUUUAAUACUCGGUAAGAGAUAUUGUAAUAAAAUAAUUUCAUAUCCCAUAGUAUAUGUACAAGAAAAAGAACACG